UGUGGAGGCGGCUCAAAAUAGCCUGCCUGCUACUGUGUGCCGCAUGCCUUCCCUGCCUUGCAAGUUCCUUGCCCCACAAGCAACUGGUUGGCGGCCGCUUGGCACGGCACACAUGAAGGCUGCUCGUCGCGCCACCCAUUGAUUUACGGCACUUUUUUUUCAUUUAAGCCUCGGGUCCGCCUAGCAUCUGUUAUCUGCGCGAGAUAAGUGGACGGCCCCAGCCCCUCGAACCUGUUUUUCCCAAUCGUACCCAUCACGGGGGCCAUGCCUUGUUGAUAAUGACCCUUACACGUUGACAGCAAGGCACUGGUUGUCGCACUAUAGACUAUGGCGAUUUUUUAAAGUUGGCAAAAAUGGCGCCAUGUGGGGAGCUGUUUCUGCAGUGCGACAGAUGUCUGCCCUCACUGGUAAUGAGUCCAUGGCUGAGGAUGACCCAGAGAUGUGGGAGCUCGUACAGGCCGAAAAAUACCGGCAGAGGUGUGGACUGGAACUUAUUGCCUCAGAGAAUUUCUGCACACGUUCGGGUUUAGAGGCAUUGGGAUCAUGCCUCAACAAUAAAUAUUCAGAAGGUUACCCUGGCCAGAGGUACUAUGGUGGCACAGACAUCGUAGAUAAGAUUGAGUUACUAUGUCAGCAGCGGGCCUUAACAACCUAUAGGCUGAAAGCUGAGGAAUGGGGGGUCAACGUGCAGCCCUACUCUGGCUCUCCUGCUAACUUUGCAGUGUACACCGGUCUGCUCAAGCCUCACGACCGUAUCAUGGGCCUGGAUUUGCCUGAUGGUGGACAUUUGACUCAUGGUUUUAUGACAGACGCCAAAAGGAUUUCUGCAACGUCCAUCUACUUUGAAUCUAUGCCAUACAAGCUGAAUCCCAAAACUGGAGAAAUUGAUUAUGACAAAUUGCAUGAGCACGCCUUGCUCUUCAGGCCCAGGAUGAUAAUUGCUGGUGCCAGUGCUUAUGCAAGGCUCAUAGACUACAAAAAGAUGAGGGAGAUUUGUGAUGAGGUGAAAGCAGUUUUGCUUGCAGACAUGGCUCAUAUCUCUGGUUUGGUUGCAACUGAUGUGAUUCCAUCUCCAUUUGAUGACUGCCAUGUAGUGACCACCACUACACACAAAACUCUGAGAGGACCAAGAUCUGGUUUAAUUUUCUUCCGACGAGGAGUGAAAUCUAUAAACAAGAAAACUGGGAAACCAAUCAUGUAUGACUUUGAGCAAAACAUCAACUUUGCCUUGUUUCCUGGGUUGCAAGGUGGACCUCAUAACCAUGCAAUUGCUGCUGUUGCUGUUGCAUUGCGACAGGCUGCCACACCAGAAUUCAAGGCCUAUCAACAACAAGUUUUAAGUAACUGCAAAACCAUGGCAGAGGCUCUCCUUAACCGUGGCUACAAACUUGUAUCAGGUGGCACUGACAACCACCUGGUUCUGGUGGAUCUUCGGCCCAAGGGCUUAGAUGGUGCCAGAGUGGAAACUGUCUGUAACAGCUGCAACAUUACUGUCAACAAAAACUCUGUUCCAGGGGACAAAAGUGCAUUAGUCCCUGGAGGCCUCAGACUCGGAACUCCAGCUCUUACAUCUCGCUCCUUGAAGAAUAAAGACUUUGAGUAUGUGGUUGAACUGCUGGAUGAAGCUUGCACUAUUGCUUUGGAGGCUAAGGGAAAAUCUGGAAAGAAACUUGUAGACUUCAAGGCAACACUUGAAAGUGAUGGCGAUAUCAAGAGCAAAAUAGGAGAACUAAAGGGAAAGGUUAACAAGUUCUCUCUGAAUUUCCCCAUGCCUGGUUUUGAUGAUCACUAGAUUGUAAUUUGAAUAAGCCACUGUGGGUUGUGUGCAUAACUGAUGUUGCCAAGAGUUCAUUGUGAUAGGAAUGUUUUAUGCUAUGUUAAUUUCUUGUGGUCCAUUUUAGGACCUAGCUUUUAAUUUGGUAAGUAUACCUUUGAAUUCAAUAUUUCAGUAAUAAAUUGUAAUACGUUUUGGCACAAACAAAACCCGUUGUGAUGUGGAACUAGUCAUGUAGAACUCGAUGGUGCAAUAAUUAUAUAUAUCUUUAUAGAUAGCUCCAAGCCUCUGAUGCCCUAUUCCCUCUAGGAACUCUCCCCCUCAGGGGGUAACCAUGGCAGAAAUCUCUGGUUCUACCUGAUCAUAUAAUAUUUCAUUUUUGCAACAAUAAUGCCACUCUUACUUAUCAUGUUUUCUUAAACCCCAUGAAUCUGACAGACUAAUAGUCACUUACUAACCCAGUAUCCUUCAUGACUGUCACACACUCAUCACUAAAACAUCCCUGUCCUGUGCUCAGUUUACUAAGUUGUGCCCAUAUCACCAUUCCCACAUGUUAUAGUUUUACUCAUUUCUCAUCCAUGUAUGCAAUAUCAUUACACAUUCCAGUCUCAUCUUGUUUGGCCUUAAGGUUAUCUCGAGUAGCUCUCGUUCUUUGCACACCCUCAUCCAUAUUGGUGUUCUGACCUAUGUUUCUGAGGUUUGAUGGGAUUAUAAUAUUCCUCAGGCCCAUUUCACCACCAAUGACAUGGAUCAUUAGAGUGGAUGAGUAGUGAUGAGCGAGAGUUAGCAGGCAAGGGAUUAACCCUAGAUUACUAUCGUUGUCCAGAAUCUCAGCAUGGGGGUUAAUUAGCGUUGUGGAAGGAAAUCUGUUAGACCUAUGGUGCUCUACGGCCAUGACAUCUCAGUUGGUAUUCUGCCCUUGGUGCGUGAGGUACCUUUGUGUUUUUCCUGUGCUUUCUUCCUGAACUGUUCCCAACUGUCUGAAAUUUUGGACAGGUAUGGAAAAUAUGACAUACCAAGAAAAUAUGACAUGUCUGUGUGGCUAAGGGCUACCGAGGCUGGAGUAUUUCGGGGGAUGUGUAAACUCCAUGUGUGGCACAACUCAUCACUAUCAGGCAACACAGCGAUGGCAGUGGAGCCUUGGUUAGAGACGCAGUUUUUUAUAAUAAUUUUCACUUUCUUUUUUUUUUGUAAUGUUGUUUUAGUGUAAUAUGUUAAGUUUAUAGGUCAUAGAAUUAGGAAUGUCUUCUAGUUUAUGUAAAAAUUUUGUAAUUGAAUUUUGUACCAUUCCUACAUGUAUUUUUAUGAUCGCAAAGUUUGUCCGAAAUUCCGAACAACGAUAGUAAUCUAGGGUUAAAUUUGCUGAGUGUGUGCCAGAAAAGGGAAAACUGGAGAUGUUUCUGCCAUGGCUAUCUCCUUGGGGGUAGUUCCUUUGAGGUGACAGGGCAUCGAAGAUAUAUUUGUUUAUAGUUUUUUAAAUUAACUUUGACAUGCUUUCUCUUCACAGCUUUGCUUUCCCUUCUAUAUUCCCAUGUUUUGAUACAAAUAUUCCUAAAACCAGCUCUGCCAACCUUUCCCCUUCACAGACUGACUUGUCUUGCUAUUCUUGGUCUAUAUACUUUGUAAGAAAGCCAAUAUAUUCAGUCUCCCAUUUUUCAGUGGCAACAUUUAGCUUUCACUAUUUCUAUUAUAUUUUUUAACUCCAACAGAGCAGAACUGCAUAUGGCAAAUAAACUUUUUCAACACAUCUCUAUGAAAGUGGUGGCUCAGCACUGAUGGUUGUUUUAUUAUACGUACAAGUUUAAAGAGUUAACUUGUCAAUAUUGAGAUUUUUGUAUUAUUUAUAUGCAGUUCUUUUGCUGACUUCUGUAGGAUGAAGUCUAACCAGUUAUGUCAAAAUAAGACGCCACUCCAAAAGAAUUGUUCAUUUGGAACUAGCUCAUAGCUGAGUGGUUGUCCAUGUAACUGAUGAACACCAAGUCUGUCCGAGUCCUGCUUAUUACUCAUUAUUUUCAACCAUCAGUGAAUGUGCAUGGUGUCCCUGUACUCAAGUUUUGUUGUAACUUCUGACAGGCAAAACUCAAUGAGAUACAGGUGUCCUUGUAAAACUUAACCCAUGACAAUAUAUGCUUGGGCCAACAACCAGUCACAAAUAAGAUUACCUUAAUGGUAAUACUACCUUGUAUAUCCUCAUCUUGACAGUUUUGGGCCCAAUUAUACUAUUAACAUUAUUUAGGAUUGAAAUUAGUAUUUUCUUUCAGCAUUCUGGUGAAGCAUAGGUUUAUAACUGAGAAAAAUAUGUUCAAUGGACAUGGAGGUAGAUGAAUGCUUAAUAAGAUAAGCAAAGUGCCAUGGUUUAAUAUCACAUAUGACUUUGUAAAAUAUCCCAGCCACUCAAUAGACAAGAGAAACAAUAAGGCUGAUGACUGAUAAGCUGGGAUGGAAGGUUUGUAAGACAGACAAAUAAGUUGAUCUUUUUUACUUGAAAACAAGUUUGCCUAAGAACUUGAGCACAUGACAGCAGUACUGUUUUAUUUUAUCUGAAAACAGGGCACUUUGUAUCUACAUUUUUUAUUUCCCCAUCAUGGGUCAGUGCAUUGUAUAACUUUCUGGUAUAAUAAUGCCUACACAUCUGAUCUCAUGCAGUUCCUUUUGUACCAAAUCUUGCAUAACUGUCACAUUAUAAACACUACAGUUGGUUCCAUAUUGUUUCACUUUUAUGUUGACCUUGUGCCUCUAUGAUGUAGUGGUUUGCACGUCUAUUCAUCAAUCCAUGUGCCCAGGUUCAAUCCUGACCAAGGCAGUCAGAGCUCAGCCUACCCAGCUGUUUCAUCUUGCGAUCUAACCUGGGAAAGUUAAAUUUUGGUAACCCAAAUGUCACACCUGCCCUGUGUCUCAGUGUAAUAGGUUGUUACUCACUACAGGUUCAAGGGCCAAAGAGAUCAGCACUGACACAAUGAGCAAAUCAGUGUGUGCCUCACUCAUACACUACCUCACCUGUGUUCUUCCUCCUGAAUAAAAGAUUCAAAAGCUA